AGAGGGAAGUCACAAAUAGCUGGAAUUACCUGCCUGCUGAGGCUCCUUCUUUCUGGCUUCAAACAGCUUCAGGGCCCCACCUUCAUCUCUGCCUCCUGCCCACUAGAGUUUCCUCCCCACUUUUUUUUUCUUCCUGAAAAAAUCUGGAAGCACCAGCUCCACAAGACUUGGGUCUUUAAAAGGCUCAGUCCAGAAGAUAGGCUCAUUUAGAAUUUGUUCGAUCCCUCCAGUAAUACAUGAAAGACUAGCAAUCAGCUUCUUCUGCCUUUUCAUCAUGGGAACCAGGGACCUCCUGUUCUUAGCCCUGAUCUGCAAGCUAGCCUGGGCUGGCUCAAUGGAAUCAUGUGUACACCGCUGUGGAGAGAGAUUUAACAAGGCAGCUGAUUGCCAGUGUAACCGUCAGUGUGACCAACACAAAGACUGCUGUGAAGAUUAUGAGAAACUGUGUACAAAUAAAGAAGAACUUCAAGAAAAGGAAACAGAAUGGGAAGAACCAGCAUCAGCCAGUAAUCUGUAUCUGGCACCUAAUUCUUGCCAAGGCCGUUGUGGCGAAACCUUUGACAAACACCAUCCAUGCCACUGCAACUCAAAAUGCCAGGAGUUUGGGAACUGCUGUGAAGAUUAUGAGAGUGUGUGUGCCCAUGAUGGUUUCUCUCAAAGCAAUGAUGGUAUCACCAAUGAAGAACUCCUGAUUAUCUCAGAGAAAAUCUACAAGGUAGACAACAACAAAGCUCAGAAGGAAGAUAUCAUUCUCAAUAGUCAGAACCGUAUCUUCCCCUCGGAGACAAAUGACAGAGUGGAUCGAUGCCCAGAGCCGCUCUACAGCUAUGUAAAUGAAGAACUCUUCUCCAAACCAACUUAUGCUGCUUUCAUCAACCUACUCAAUAACUACCAGCGGGUGACAGGUCAAGGGGAACAUUUCACUUCUCAGCAGCUUCAGGAACAGGACAUCUUCCUUCAAGAGAUAAUGAAGACAGCAGUCAUGAAGGAACUCUAUGGCUUCCUCCAUCAAAAAAACAGAUACAGUUCAAAACAAGAAUUUGUCAGUGAACUAAAGAACAUGUGGUUUGGGUUGUAUUCCCGUGGCAAUGAUGAGGGUGAUUCCAGUGGUUUUGAACAUGUUUUCUCAGGUGAAGUGAAAAAGGGAAAGGUGACAGGAUUUCAUAACUGGAUCCGCUUCUACCUGCAGGAAAAGGAGGGUUUGGUGGACUAUUAUAGCCAUAAUUACGAUGGGCCGUGGGACUCUUAUCCUGAUGUGUUAGGAAUGCAAUUCAACUGGGAUGGCUACUACAAAGAAGUGGGAUCAGCUUUCAUUGGCAGUAGUCCUGAGUUCGAGUUUGCUCUCUAUUCCUUGUGCUUCAUCAGCAGGCCCGGCAGAAUGUGCCAUUUGAGUCUGGGUGGGUAUUCCCUGACCAUCAAGACCUUUACCUGGGACAAGACUGCAUAUGGAAAUGGCAAGAAAUACAUUGCUACAGCCUAUGUGGUGUCUUAAUAUACAUUAGAGUUUUGAACAAGGAAAAAUAUGAAGGAUAUUGGAGGUCCUCCUGAACAGUGGUGCUGUCUGACCUGGACUGGAGUUGGGAAGUAUUAUACACUGACCCAUUUAAACUGAAAUAUUCAUCAGCAAAAAGGAUAAUGUGAGCAAACCUGGAAAAGCCCAAAAGGAAAAAAAGAGGAAAAUUGAAUUCAGGGGCCGAAAAGCUACCACAGCAACAGAGGAAUAUUCAGACUAAUGUCGUCUAGUAUUUCUGCAGUGCAGACUAGGGAUAAAAUCCAUGAGAGGAAUAUCAAGAUAACUGUUUUUUUGUUUUACACUGACAUGUUAUAGAGCAGUAAUAAUGAUAGUUAAAAAUAUGUGUGCAUAUAUACUAAACCAUUCCACCAAUACAAAUCUCAAAUAUACCACUGAACUCAACUAAUAAACCAUAUUAAAACUAUGUAAUUAUCAUAAACAAAACUAUCACCCACAAUUGUCUAAGCAUAACAUUGAUUCACAAACACGUAAAAAUGAUAUUGUGAUAGCUUUAGCUGUACUCAAUUUUCAUAAUCUCCAUUGAACAAAAAGUUUUCACAAUAGGAAAACCUAGCAGAAGAGAUUAAAAUUAUUCAGGAACAGGAUAAGAUGAAUAUGAUCUUUGUUAUUCUGUCUACUAUAAGAGCUGUACCAAGGAUACUUUCAGAGAUCUUAUAAAGGAUGAUCCUACCUCCUAAUACUUUUAUUCAACUGCAGUUUUUUGUGCAUCUUGAAAUAAUCUGUAGAGCAGUAAUUACAAAAAAAAAAAAAAUUGCAAGAUAUCAAUUUGUCCCAGAACUUUCUAUGUGAUCUUCAUUGAAAAGAUGAAAAUGAGAUGACAAAAAUAAAAAUAAUUUUAAACUUUUUGAGGCCAUCCAACUGUCAUGUGGAUGUGUCAUUGGAGAAGGACUACAUAUACUGAAAGACCUAAACAGGUUCUUUUGGUGGAGUCAUAUAGCUUGAUGUCACUCACUGACAUCAAGUGAAUAAUAAGAUUUUUACUUCUAUGUAGGAUAGAUCCCAGUGGAUUCAAGACUGAACAAGUCUAUAAUGGACUUAAACAAUCUUCUUAAAAAUUAUCAUCAUUUAGAUUAAUCUAGUCUCAGUAUUAUAUCAUUGGAAUGGAGUGCCAGUUUUCCAUGUAUGUAAACAUCAAAUACUUUAUAUCAUUCAUACAAUAUUUGAGUCUUUUUAUAAAUACACAACACAUGAACAAGUCACAUAUGUACAAUUAAAUCAAAGGACUUAUCAUCAAUAAAGACUGUGUCACAGUGUUUUUUGUGACAUGUUCAAUAAUUACCAAAUGAAUAAAGAGAUUACUCUUUAUAUUCCUGAGAUCUCUUAGCAUAUCCUUUUUGGUUCUCAGAUAAUAUAUUGUUUCCUUCUUUAUAGAUGUUUAUAGAUUAUUUUUCUUGUUAGACAAGUUGUGAAUGCUUUGUUUAAAGGACAUGGCCUAUAUUUUGCAUGUUGUUCUCAUCUUUUGCUAGUAGAAAUGUCAUGCCCUCUGUUAAGAAAGAUGAGAUCAGGUUUAUCCCUGAGAGGAAGCUGAGAAUGUGUUUUGGUGCUAAUCCAUGUACCAUUGUGAAGUGUUUGAGCCAAUGAUUAUGUAGUGUAUCUGACCCUAUUGCUUUCUAGAUUUGAAGUAAAGCUGGUUUCUGUCUCUUCUUUUGAUGUAAUUCUUCUAUCAUUCAUUAUACUGGCAAUGCACAGAUUUCUUGUUUGAUCCGAUAAAUAUUUUCACUUCAUUAGA